AAGCUGAUUGGCUCAGUUGACGAGGAAGAAGUCGCGAAAACCGCACCCACGUUUUUGAGCCGCGUUCACGAUCACAAACAAACACCGACGAAACGCACGAGAACAAACACUUCGGAUUCGGGGUCUGGAAAGCGUUGAGAAUGGCUUCUCGUGGCAAGUCAGAAACAAGCAAACUGAGACAGAAUAUGGAGGAGCAACUUGACAGACUGAUGCAGCAGCUGCAGGAUCUGGAAGAAUGCAGGGAAGAGCUUGACGAAGAAGAAUACGAGGAGACAAAGAAGGAGACUUUGGAGCAGCUCAGUGAAUUCAAUGACUCCUUGAAGAAGAUCAUGACAGGAGACAUGACUCUUGUGGAUGAACUCAGCGGCAUGCAGCUGGCCAUCCAAGCUGCCAUCAGUCAAGCAUUCAAAACUCCAGAGGUGAUCCGACUUUUCGCUAAGAAGCAGCCGGGACAGCUCAGAACCAGAUUGGGAGAGAUGGACCGUGAUGUCAUGGUGGGGAAACUGUCUCGGGAUGAGUACACGCAACAGAAGAUGGAGGUGCUCACAGCACUAAGGAAGCUAGGAGAGAAGCUCACAAUAGAGGAUGAAACUUUCCUGGCAGAAAAUGCCACAGCUACCUUGAGCCAGUUUGAAAAAGUGGUAACAGGUUCUGAAGAUAAAAUAUUGGCUUUAGCAAGUACCGGUGUGAAAACCAAAGCGUAGCCUCCAUCAUUUUAAAACAUAUAUUUUAAGAAUUUUUUUUCAAGGAGGAAAAAAAAUGACGGUUGCGUUUAAAAUUACAAAUGCACUUUGGUUGUCGCUAUAUGCUUUUUUUUAAACAGUAUUCCUUUAUACGCCUUUGUGUAUUUAAUGUGUAUGCUCUCUUAGGUACUAGAAUAAUAAUAUGAGUUGUUUUAAUGUGUGGGGAAAACAAAGUUCCAUUAGAAGUGUGCUAUUGUUUGUUUGUGCCACAUUUUUCACGGUUUAUAUAUUUGUUUAUAUACAUGUACACACUGCAUGACAAAAGCAUGAAUGUUCAAGAUGUGCGUUGUCAUUGUGUGUGAUGAGUAUCGAGUGGCCAUGUCACGUAGUAUAAGGACCCUGAAAAGAGCAUUAAAAAAAACAUCCUAAAACAAUGCCUUUUUUACAUAUCUGAUUCUUCUCAUAUUUCGACUUCAUACUUUAACUUAUACAUUAGUUCUUGUAAAAAUUAUGAUGUUCAUAUUACAAAUUAGAGCUCAAUAUCACUCAGUGAGUCCUUCUUCUCAUAUUAUGACUUUUGCUGUGUACAAUCAUGACUAUUGUAGUUGCAUAACUUUAUUUGAAAAAUAUUUUUAGGGUAUCGUACAAGACUUUUAAAGUGUUGUUUGCAUACAGUAUGAAGAACGUUUGGACAUAAAUGAUUGUGGAGCUGCAUGUGAGCCUCAACUACUCCGAUUCUUAUGAAGGCGUAUUUCUCAGUUUUAUCCAUCAUCAUUAAAUCUCAGCAUUUAGUAAA